AUGCAAAAACCGAUUUUUGGAUAUUGAAGUGUCAGAAGUUUAGGCGAGUCUAUAAGAAUGAUGCUUUAUCAUCUAGAGGUUGAUUUUGAAGAUAAGCAGUAUUUGAUAGGAGAUGAUUGGAUUGCCAAAGAUAAAUAUCAGCUUGGCUUUGAAUUUCCAAAUCUUCCUUAUUUUAUUGAUGAUGAUAUAAAGCUGACUGAAAGCUAUGCAAUUUUUGUGUAUAUAGCUUUAAAAUACAACUCAGCUUAUCUUGGAAAUACUAUAAUUGAGCAAGCUUAUGUCAAUAUGAUUUAUGGAGUCCUUAAUAGACCCAAUAAAUAAUAUAAUUUUUUUAUUUAUAAAAUUUUAUAUAAUUAUCAUUUAUAAAUUUUUUUAUGGGGGGUUAGAGAUAUUUUUAUACCGAUUACUGUUGCAGCUUAUGACCCAGAUGCAAUUGCAAAAAUUCUUGAAGCUCUUGACAGCAAGAGAGAAGUUUUAGACAAAGUCGGUAGAUAUUUAGAAGGAAAAAGAUUUUUCAAUGGAAAUCAGCCAACCUUUGUAGAUUUUUACGCACAUGAGCUUUUUGAAAGAAUUGAGGCUUUUAGCCAAGACUAUUUAGCAAAUAUAUCUCCUAACUUCCAAGCUUAUAAAUCCCACUUCAGAGAAUUAGCUCACAUGGAUGACUAUCUUUCAAUGCCAAGAUUGAAAUUUAAUGCAACAAAAGCUUACUGGGGAAAUUAA